AUAAGAUUCGUCGUAAAUAAAGCAAAGUUUUUAAAAUGGAACAAAAUGAUAACUACUCAAAUGAUUCAGAGCUUACUAAGCAUCUUCAAGCUACCAUUAGGGAACUGAAUCUUGAACUGAGUUCAAUGAAGGAUCGUAAUCAGAUGCUCGAGCUAGCAAGAUUAGAUUAUGAAGAGCUUAUGGAUUCCUUUAAUCUACAGAUACGGCUCAAAAGGCAGAGCAUAAAGAGAAAAUUUGGAAUUGGGGAUAAUGAUGAAGUUGAAACUAAAAAAAUGAAACUCGAAGAAGAGUAUGUAGAGGAAGCAGAAGUAAAGGUUGAGGAUGAAGAAACUAUUUCAGCUUUCAAUGGGUUGGAGGAGUCUACAGAUUUAAUAUCUAACGUGACAGACAAGCCAAGUGUUAAUGAGAAUAUCACCGAAGAAUUAGAGAAUUCUGAAGAGCUAAAUAGGAAUCAGGUUGAAAUUGUUGAAGAACUAAAAAAUCCCAAAGAACAAGCAAUUCUAGGAAAGAAAGAAAAAAAAGAAAUAAAGAAAUCCCUACCGCAAGAAAAUUUAGAAGAGUCGGAAAAUCCUGAGAGAGAUUUAGAUAAGUCAAAUACUCUGGAGAACGAAGAAGCCAAGAGAAACAAGGAACUUCAUAAGUAUCAAAGCAAGACCAGUAUCUCUGAAAAAAUGACUGCAAAAGAAAAUCCUAAAGAUUUAAAGAAUUCUGGAUCACAGGAGAACUCAAGAAAGAUCAUUACUAUUGAUACUCAAACAGUAGAAACAUCUCUUUCACAAGAGAAUUCAUCAAACUCAGGAGAAUCGAGUGAACUUCAGAUGAAUUCUAAAGUGAAAAAUCUUAACAACGCAGAACAGGUUUCUGAUCAAGAGCUGAAAACCCGGUUUCUAGACUCUGGGUUCCAAAUGGGGGUUUUGCAGUAUUCACAGAUGAAUGAUAAGAGUAAUUGCUUAACCAACAUCAACAAUCAGUUAAAGAUGAGGAAUAAUGCUUUGCAACUAAAGUAUACAAAAUAUUUCAAUAAUAUGGUAACCCUGAAACAAGAUAACAACAAGCUAAAACAAGAUAACAACAACCUAAACCAAGAAAACGACAGUCUGACACAAUCUAACAACAAUCUGAAACAAGAUAACGACAACCUGAAACAAUCUAACAACAACCUGAAACAAGAUAACGACAAGUAUAAACAAGAUAACGACAAAUAUAAACAAGAUAACAACAACCUGAAACAAACUAACAACAACCUGAAACAAGAUAACGACAACCUGAAACAAUCUAACAACAACCUGAAACAAGAUAACAACAAGUAUAAACAAGAUAACGAAAAGCUCAAACAAUAUGCUGACAACCUGAGACAAGCUAACGACAAGGGAAAGCAAGAUUACAUCAACCUGAAACAAUAUACCGACAACCUGGAACGAUCUAACGGCAACUUGAUACAGGAUAACGACCAGCUGACACAAGCUACCGACGAGCUAAAACAAGAUAACAACAAGUUGAAACAAGAUAGCGAAAACCUGAAUCAAGAUAACAGCAAGCUAAAACAAGAUUACAGCGAUCUGAAACAAGAUAACGACAAUCUCAAACAAGAUAAUGACGAUCUGAAGCAAGAUAAAGACCACCUAAAAAACAUGAAUAAGGGUCUCAUUCAGGCCAAAUCAGUUCGCUCUCGUCUAAUAGCAAAGCUUUCUGAUGACAAAGAAAAGUUAAGUGACACGGUGAGACGUCUUAAGAAAGACAUGAAGAAGGCUAACAGAAAAAUUCUAGGCCUAGACAAAUACUCAUACUCCAGAAGAAAUUCUGUGGCAGUACAAACUUAAACAAAAUUGUAUCCAUUGAGGAGAAUUCUUCCAGAAGUGAUGGAAUACUAAUCAAAUCAAACAUGCUUUUAGAUUAUGAUUUUUUGUUUCGAUUAUGUACUGCCAGGACAUUUUCUCGGUAAACAAAGUUUUCUAAAUUUGGUAAUUUGUGAAUUACUUAUGGUUACAAGACCAAAAAGAACAUUUGCCUCCUUUGCUUCUUUAGCCCUGAUGUGAGAAAUAAGAAUGCUUAAUUUAAAAAUUAGUAUUGCUUAAAUUUACUUUUUGAUUUUAUAUCAACCGAGAUUUAUGAUCUGAAAUAACCUAGAAAUUGUUUUUUUUAUUCAAGAAAUCUUAAAUAUGUCAACUGUACAUCAAACAUACUGUUUUUUUUUCAAAAUCUAUAACAUGUUAUUUUACUACAAGUGUUUCAGAUUUUUUUUCAAAAUUGUGAUGUUUAAAUAAUUGC